AUGCCAUGUGACAGCAAUCCAUCGAUAGAAAACGGGAACAUUGUGCUUGUUGGGCCUGAUAAAAACAAAUUCCUUGACAGCGCUACUGUGGAAUGUGAUACUGGGUUUGUUCCAAGUCUGACAGAAGUGAAGUGUCAGGCCUUAGGAGAAUGGGAACAAGCAACAUGCGAACAAUCAUUUACCGACUGCAAAGAAAUUAUCGAGACUAUCCCCGAUGCAUUGAGUGGUGUAUAUGAUAUUAGGUUGUGGCAAUCUGGACAAAAAAUAACAGUUUACUGUGACAUGGAAACCGAGGGUGGAGGUUGGACGGUAUUCCAGAGACGGUAUGAUGGUUCAGUUGACUUUUACCACUCCUUCACAGAAUAUGAGACUGGUUUUGGUACAGCAGAUGGAGAGUUCUGGUUAGGUUUGAAAUAUAUACAAGAAUUAACAGAGCAAGGACCAACAGAACUUAGAACAGACAUGUCAAAGGCAGACGGAACUGAGGCUUACGAAACAUUUCAAGACUUUGGUCUUUCUGGGUCUGGCUAUAUACUCCAGCUUGGUUCACGCAUAGGUACAACAGGUGCUGCUACAUCCGGUUUACAAUACAACAAGGGUUAUUCUUUCACUGCCAGGGAUAGUUCUAAUUCUGGCUGUGCUGUUAGUCGUCUUGGAGGGUGGUGGUACUACGCUUGCACGUGGGUCAAUCUGAAUGGCAAGUACUACACACCGGGUUCUCAGCACAGCGAUAUGAGUGCGCUUUCUCAUUAUGGAUUUGCGGGAUACGAGUCAAUGAAGACGUCGAAAAUGAUGCUAAGGAGAGUUUAA